UAUAUGAAGAAGAUAAGUGGGACCAUUAGUAUCUCGAGUCAUUCCCGACCUUACAUUCUCUUUCUUUCAGUGCCUUAGAACACAAUCCAUGUAAUCACCACACUGCAAAAAUCAAAUUUUGCAAUAAUCAUGGUUGCAAUGGCAGCAGCAACAGCAUCCUCUCAGUUGAUUUUCUCAAAGUCUUUUUCUCCCUCACGUCUCUGCCCCUUCCAACUAUGUGUCUUUGACACCAAAUCCUUGAUAUCAAGUUCAACAAGUAGCAAGAAAAAGCAUGUGGGUGGCUCUGGAUUCAGAUGCAUGGCUGUGGGAGAAGCAACUACAGUUACAAAGAAAAAGAGUGGAUAUGAGCUUCAAACACUAACUAGCUGGUUGCUGAAGCAAGAACAAGCUGGUGUGAUUGAUGCUGAACUCACUAUUGUGCUAUCUAGCAUUUCCAUGGCAUGCAAACAAAUUGCUUCUUUGGUGCAAAGAGCUAACAUUUCCAACCUCACUGGAGUUCAAGGAGCUGUAAAUGUUCAAGGGGAAGACCAGAAAAAACUUGAUGUUGUCUCAAAUGAAGUUUUCUCAAACUGUUUGAGGUCAAGUGGGAGGACUGGAAUAAUAGCAUCCGAGGAAGAAGAUGUGCCAGUGGCAGUAGAAGAGAGUUAUUCUGGAAACUACAUUGUGGUGUUUGACCCACUUGAUGGAUCAUCUAAUAUUGAUGCUGCAGUGUCAACUGGGUCCAUUUUUGGGAUUUACAGCCCCAAUGAUGAGUGCCUUGCUGACAUUGGUGAUGACCCCACACUUGACAAAGCAGAACAAAGGUGCAUUGUAAAUGUGUGUCAACCCGGAAGCAACCUUCUAGCAGCUGGUUACUGCAUGUAUUCCAGCUCCAUAAUCUUUGUUCUCACUCUUGGACAAGGAGUGUUUGUAUUCACAUUGGAUCCAAUGUAUGGGGAGUUUGUUUUGACUCAGGAAAACCUCCAGAUACCUAAAGCAGGCAAAAUCUAUGCUUUCAAUGAAGGGAAUUAUCAGCUAUGGGACGACAAGUUAAGGAAAUACAUUGAUGAUCUCAAGGACCCAGGUCCUACUGGCAAGCCUUAUUCUGCAAGGUACAUUGGUAGCUUGGUAGGAGACUUCCACAGGACACUGCUAUAUGGUGGCAUUUAUGGGUACCCCAGGGACAAGAAAAGCAAGAAUGGGAAGCUUAGGCUACUCUAUGAGUGUGCUCCAAUGAGUUUCAUUGUAGAACAAGCUGGUGGAAAAGGUUCAGAUGGUCAUCAGAGAAUACUUGAUAUUCAACCAGUGGAGAUUCAUCAGCGUGUUCCACUUUAUAUUGGGAGCACAGAAGAGGUAGAGAAGGUGGAAAAAUACUUGGCUUAAAUGAUAUGUUAUUGCGAAAACAAA